AUGAAUAUUAUUCUCAUAUUCACGUUGUUUGUGGGUCUCGCUUCAGCUAAAUAUAUAGUGAAGUAUUCACUGGAAGACGCUCGCGCUCAUUUCGAGGAAUUUAUAAAGACUUACAAUAAGGAAUACGAUGAAGUAGAGAAGGCGGUGAGAUACGAAAUAUUUGUGAAGAAUUUGGACAAGAUCAAUAAGUACAACGAAAAUAGCAAUCACACUGAAUUUGGUAUAACGCAAUUUGCCGACUUGACACCCGAAGAAUUUGUAGCACGGCAUACAGGAUACAAAAUCGGUGAUCUUGAUGGCUACUGUACAAGCAGUGAAGAUGACUUAGACUUGAAGCCAGUACAGGUACCGGAAGAAUUCGAUUGGCGAUCUCAAGGAAAGGUUAGCCCAGUAAAAAAUCAGCAUGAUUGCGGAUCAUGCUGGGCGUUUAGUACAACUGGUAAUGUGGAAAGUGCUUACGCAAUUAAAACAGGGCAAAUGCUGUCUCUAUCAGAACAGCAACUGAUCGAUUGCGACAAGCAGUCUACUGGUUGUACUAGUGGUCUUCCAGCUUAUGCUAUUAAAUAUCUGCAGCAAAACGGAGCUAUGAGUGAGGAUAGUUACCCCUAUGAAAAUAGUCAAGGCCAGUGUAGAUUUGACGAACAAAAAGUUCAAGUCCAAGUUAAAGGCUGUGCGUCCAUUCAAGCAUCAGAAGAUCAGUUAUUAGAAAAAUUAGUACAGAUUGGGCCACUAUCAAUAACGGUUGACAGUACAGAAGUACAAUCAUAUAAAGGUGGGAUUAUGACUGGUGAUUAUUGUAGAGGAUACCAAGUCAAUCAUGCAGUACUGCUGGUCGGUUACGGAAAAGGUGAAGAUGGAACACCGUACUGGCUGAUAAAGAAUUCUUGGGGCGAGGGCUGGGGUGAUAAGGGAUACUUCAAGAUCCAUCGAGGUGUGAACUGUGUCUUGGUGGCAGAGCGGGCACCAGUUACUGCUGUUAUUGCAUGAUCUAUUUUUGCAGUAUUAGCGCACGUUGUGAGGAUGUAUUUUGCUUUCAUUAUAUAUAAUUAAGUUUCAAAGAUUCUUUUCCUGUAUUA